AAGACUAGAGCCACUCAACAGAAAGCGCCAAGAAGUUGCCGGCCGAAAGAUGCAAAAAGCUCUUACUCUAUUGUGGACUUGAAACAAUGGGGAGUUGACUUGACUUUGGUGUAUGCCCGAUUUGCCGUUCGCAUCGUCAGAAUUGCUGCUGCAGUAGCAUGCCAACUGAUGAAGAUGUCCUCCUCCUCCUCAAAAUGCGGCAAGUACGACGUGUUCUUGAGCUUCAGAGGCGACACAAGCAGGAACUUCACGGACUACCUCGCCCACACAUUGGACAACCAUGGAUUCAACGUCUUUUUCGACGAGAACGAAUUGACCAGAGGCGACCCUGUCACACCAGCACUGAAGCAAGCAAUCAAAGACUCUAGGCUUGCUGCUAUCAUCUUCUCAAGGGGGUAUGCUGAGUCGAGAUGGUGUCUUGAGGAGCUGGAGGAGAUCUUGGCCCGCAAAGAAACAAUGGGGCUAAUGGUUUUGCCAAUUUUCUAUGAUAUCGAUCCUACCGAUGUCAGGCACCAGACGCGAGAGUUUGAGGAAGCAUUUCGGAGUCAUCAACUGAACUUCCCUUACAAGGUGCAGGCCUGGAAAGAUGCUCUUACUGCAGCUGCAGAGUUGGCCGGCGAGGAUUUUAGGGCAACUGGCGGGUAUGAAGGAAGGUUUGUCGAGCAAAUUGUUGACGAGAUCACUAGAAAACUGAAGAACACAUACAUGACCGUAGCCCCAAACCCAGUUGGAAUAGAUUCUCGGGUGCAAGAAAUUGGUAAAUAUUUGGCUGAUGGAGGAUCAGAUGAUGUCCGCAUAAUUGGAAUUUGGGGUAUGGGUGGACUGGGUAAAACGACGGUUGCCAAAGCCAUUUUCAACAAAUAUCAGGAUAAGUUUGUACGUAAAAGUUUUCUUGCUAAUGUGAGAGAAGAGGAACUGGUCGAUUUGCAAAACAAACUUCUUUCUGAUGUGUUGAGAUUAAGAAACAUAAAGGUUCGUAGAGUUGAUGAAGCGACCGAGGAAAUAAAAACAAGACUUCGCAACCUAAAGGUACUUGUCAUAGUUGAUGAUGUAGACAGCGUGAAACAGUUAGAAGCAUUAGCUAUAAAAUUUUACUCAUUUGGUCCAGGGAGUAGAAUUAUUAUAACCACAAGAGACCAACAUUUGCUAAAGAUGUUAAAAGCGAAUACGAUAUAUCAUCUACCAGCAAUGAAUAAAGAAGAAGCUUCUGAGCUCCUUUGUUGGCAUGCCAACAAUUAUCCUAUUAAAGAAUUUCUUCAAGUCCCAAGAGAAGUUGUUGAUUACUGUGGAGGUUUGCCACUAGCACUUGAAAUUUUAGGUUCUUAUCUAUCUGGGACAAGCAUAAGUGAAUGGAAAAGUAAGUUGGAGAAAUUUAAAAGUCAUCAUAGUAGGGAAAUUCUCAAUAGACUUGAAAUAAGCUUUGACGAGCUAGCUGAUGAUGACCUGAAGGCUAUAUUCCUUGAUGUAUCAUGUUUCUUUGCUGGAAUGAACAAGGACUAUGUCAUGAAAAUAUUGGAUGGCUGUGACUUAUAUCCAGAAAUCAGAAUCAGUGUCCUCCACGAACGAUGCCUUGUAACUACUAAUGAAGAUUUGACGCUGGUGAUGCAUGAUUUGGUUCGCGACAUGGGAAGAUAUAUUGUGCAUGCGGAAUCCCCUGAUGUCCCUGGAAAACGCAGUAGGUUAUGGCAUCACGAUGAUGUGAUAGACGUACUGAGGGACAAAUCUGGAACUGAAGCAAUUCAAGGACUCACUUUAGAUUUGCAAGAGUCUGACGAGACUAGCUUCAGUACAGAAGCAUUUAGAAACAUGCAUAGUCUGAGAUUGCUCAAACUCAAUUACGUCAAGCUCACUGGCAGUUACAACAAUCUGCCCAAUGAGUUAAGAUGGUUGUGUUGGCAUGGAUUCCCCCUGGAGGUCAUACCAGAAGAUUUUGAUCACCCAAACAUAGUUGUUAUUGACCUCAGCUAUAGCAAACUCACACGAGUGUGGGCGGAUUCCGUUCUGUUGCUUGAGAAGUUGAAGUUUCUUAAUUUAAGUCAUUCCCAUAACCUAACACGAUCACCGGACUUUUCAAAAACCCCAAAUCUUGAGAGAUUGAUACUCAAAGAUUGCAAAAACCUUCAGGCAAUUCCAGCUUUACCAACAAAUUUGGAAAUCCUGGAAGCGGAUGAGUGCAUUGCAUUGGAGAAAAUGCCCGAUUUUUCAGAAAUGUCAAGGAUGAGAGAAUUGCAUCUGAAUCACUCCCCCAAACUCUCUGAAAUUCUAGGCUUGGAUAAGCCAUUAAACUGCAUGACAAGUAUUCAUAUGGAAGGGUGCACCAAUCUCACUGCUUCUUUUAAAGAAGGGAUCCUACAGGGAUGGAGUACAAGCGGAAAUGGUGGCCUUUUUCUUCCUGGAAAUGAAAUUCCAUCAUGGUUUACGCCUGUUGACCCUCAGGGUGAAAUAGCGGUGCCGCAAAGUUUUGGCUGUGAUUUAAAAGCAUUGACUGUGUGCAUCAUUUAUUCUUCAGACGACUCCAAAUCUGGUGGCUCUCUUCGCAUUCGUGUUGCAAAUUAUAGCCAGAACACUGUAUUUCUCAUCUCUCCAAUGCGUGCCACUGUAUUAACUUGCCAUGAAAAUUAUCUUUGGCUGGGACAUUUGUCAAACAAUAAGCUCAAUGUGAAAGGCGGAGACAAGAUAAAUGUUGGUGCACACUUUGUAGGACCAGGGACUACUGAUGAUAUUCAUCUCAGGGUGAAGAAAAUAGGGAUAAAUCUGGAAAAGGAAAAAUUAAUCAAUGAAUAUGCGCUCGGCCGUCAAUUUAUGCCAUAUUCAAGUGAGUGCAAAGAGGACGGCAAUCAUAAGGCAGGACACGGUUAUGACUCGUCCCAUGAGAAUCAAUCCCGCAAAAGACUCAGGUUGGAUCCCAGUGUUGAAAGAAAUGCGGAAGAAACUGAUGAAUUCAUGCAAGAAGGAAGCAGCAUGGGCUAACCGAAGAAGAAAAAGGUUCAUAAACUGAACUCGAGCCAUUAGUACUUUUGGGACUCAUGCUAUACUACAUAUUUCCCUUUUGUAUGUAAGAAGUUAUAAUGUUCUCUUUAAUUAAUACUUAUUUUCCUUCUUUUUUUUUUAUUUUUGGUUAUCUUCAAAACAUGCUAGCUUUUCGGAUGCAAUUUUCCUCUUCUUUGA